AGAAAACGCCGUCUCUCACGAGAGGAACUUGCCCAGUCAGUUAACAGGAUCGCGAAUGUCCUUUAAAAACAGGGCCUGGGCUUCACAUAUGGUUUUUUGCGUUUUGAAAACCAGAAGGGAGCUGGCUUGAAGCAAGUGAGGCUGGGGAGGCUGCAGAGCACUGGCAGGGAGGGCCUGAGCUCUGGAGGUAGGCUUGUGGAGCAGGUACGCUGUUAAUUGGAUCGCAUUUCUUUAAUCAGUGGAUUUACAGCAGUGGAUUUACAGCAGUGUUGAGACAGCUCUUUUCAGUGAAGUGAAAGACUGAGAUGGCAGCUGAAGGGAUACACUUAUCUUAUGCCUCCAUAUGGAGGCAUGUCAGAUGCCAGUGCUGAAAGACCCACCCUGACAAGUAUAUCUUUCCUCUACAUUGGGUUUAUAAAACCUUUAAUUGGUGUCCUUGGUCUGUCAUGCUGUGAAGCUUAACUUUGUCAGUUCAGCUGCUUUUUGGCACCUCAUACUAUGAAAGGUCUCUUGCUUACUGUUGGACCUCAGUAGACCUAAUCUGUGAAGAUAACUAAAGUUCAUCUGCUCUGAAGGCUGCAUACGAAAUUAAAUGGAGCUUCAUUCUGCUUACAGAGAAGCUCCUAUUUGAAUGUCCACUCUCCAGCGUUUUGGAAAUUGCAGUCUGUUUCUGUGGUCUUCCAGGCAGCUGUUUGCACCAACUUUGUAUAACUCCUGAUACUGAAAAAACUACUCAUCUGCAAACUUGAAACCUGAAUGUAUUCAAAGGAUUAUACUGGGAGCGUGUAAAGGAGCACCUCCUUUUGUUUGUUUUGAAUCUGCUACCUUCCGUUUUCAUUUGCCUCCAUCUUUAGUUCUUGUUUUUGUCAAAGUUUCAAAGUUCAUGCAGAUGAAGACAACCCUGAGCGAAUCCAGCAGAUUAUUAAAAGAGCCAUAGAAGAUGCUGACUGGGUCAUGAAUAAAUAUAAAAAACAGAAGUAGAAGAGGAAGAUUGGAGAUGAAGAAUGUCACUGGUAUACAUCCUUAGAUAACUUACUAGGAAAUAAGCCCAGUGUUAUAGUAUAGAUAUUGCCUGUAGUUUUUCCCUAGAUAAUACAAAAAUGAUAACUUAUAUCUCAUCAGGACAUUGGGAAGCUAAAUUAGUAUUUCUGAAGCUGUCUGAGACUGUAGAUAAAAAAGGUACAGUCUAGGUUCAAAGUAUUAGCGUGUAUGAUCACAAACAUUAGCUAAAGGCCCAAACUUCCCUAAGAUUUGAGGAGCACAGGUUUAUGCUCAGGAAGUCUUCCUGAGCAUAAAAGUGUAAUGCAAUACAAGUCAUUAACAAAUUAUAUAUAGUGCCCUGUCAUUCAUAUCUGAUGAAUUCGAGUCUCAUCUAAAAGAACUUAACUACUCUCUGAGCAUAAAGAUCUAUAUUGAAAGGCCCCAAACUUGACAAAGUCUCACUGAGUGUCAGAGCAAAUUACUCUUUACUUGAUUGCGGCCUACAUUAUACUGUUAGGCCUGGAUCCAGCAUAUCUUAAUAAUAUUUGAUACACUUGUUUUGUAAGCUGUUUAUUUGGUUGUCUUGUGUAAGUACCAGUGGAUUUAAGAUCAUGUCUGGAUGAUGUUCUGGAUCUGUUGACAUAGGACCAUCCUCUGUCAGGACCAUAGAGAUGUUCUCAGAGUAAAACAGACAUCCGAUUGGAGCACAGGUCUAGUUUUAAUCAAGUAGCAAAGACAAGACAUAUAGGCUGCUGAAUGGAGAACUUACAUACCCGUGAGGGUUGUAAGCCCAUAUGAAACUUGAGCUACAGUAUUUCUAUUCCUAUUGAUAGUAAAAUUGGUUAGGCUCAUGUCUUGCCUGUCCCUGCUACAGGCAUACAUUCAUUCUGCUCUGCAGAUUUGUGCUUGAACUAGUUGUCUGUCUUUAAAUAAAGGUGGGUGCCUGUUGCCUGUGAUACUGACCUCUAAGCUCCCAUGGAAACGGACACCGUUCAGCCAGGUUACGUGCGCUCACUGGUAUGAUCACAGAAACGUGCAAUGUUGAACAAAUAUAGAGACUUUCACAGUUUUUUGCAACAUGUAAUAAAUGUCCUUUAAAAAUGGCUGUCCAUGUCCUUUUUAAAAAGAGCCUCUUUUCACUGCCCUACUAGAUUUCCAGCAGGGAAAACUCGAAAGAAAUACCAGCUAUCUUAAAUAAAAUUCAGGGGUAAGUUCCCUUUCGAGACGUGACCUUUUCGUGUAUUUGUACUUGGACCCAUCAGCCGCCAGGUGGCAGCGCCCGCCGCUCACGCACACCCGAGGUCCCGGGAUCUGGAGGCUGGUCUGGAGGCUGCGUUCGGUCGUUUCUGCCGUGUCCGGUUCGGUGAGCGCGCUCACCUCCAGAAAUACAGCUCAGGUGCUGUAGCCAGAUUUCUUCUAGGCUCCAGAUUUUUUUUAAUUUCAAAGAAGCCAAAGGAAGUUUAAGUAAUCUAGUAGCUCUAGGUAGUCAAGAAUAAUUUCAGAUGAGUGCUAAAAAAAGAAAUUGUGGACAUAUAUGAAAAUUAAUACCAUAAAGUGCUGUAUCAACCACCUUCCUUUUCUCUGCUCAUCCUGCCCCCUCAUUUUCAAGAAUUCUUGCCUCUGUCAUUUCUUCCUGUGCUGUUCCCUACUGCUGUUUCUCUCUCUAGUCCUGCAUUAUUUCACAUUCCCUCAGCUUCUAUAGCUCUUGUUCUACAUCUGCCUUAAUUCUCUUUUCUCUCAUCUAGUCCCUUUACCCCACUUUCUCCUCCUCAAAUCGUUUUCUGACAUUAAAGGAACAUCAAAAGAUACUAAGGUCUUAUGCUAGGGACCACCCUUCUGCUUAGUUUCAGAUAUAAAGCCUGAAGGUGAUAGAGCUUCUUAAUAAAUUGUGUGCAUUUUACUGCUUAAUGUGUGGAAAACCACUUUUCUUCCUACUUAAAUACAUUUUGCAAAGUGCAACCAUUUUGGUUUAAACUUUCUAAAGUAGUUUGAUGCAAGGUAAAGCAUGGAAAAUGUCAGCCUUGGCAGUUUACAAUAACAUAGAAACAUAGGUAUUGUAAACAUACUUUACAAUAAACAAUAUGAAACAAUGCUUUAAUAAAAAAGCUUAAACAGAUUUGAUUAUAGAUGUCUGAAUGGGCUACUUUUAAUCAAGAACAGCAAACAAUUGAACCAUACUUUACUCCUGCUGUAUAUAUUUGAUGGGUAUGGAGAUUUGAUGGACCCAUUUGGGGGUAUGGAUAUGCACUAACUUUCUAUCAGUGCAAUAGUGAAAAAUCAAGCCUCAGUAGGAGUAACAGUGUGUGCAAGCACACUGGUUUCCUGAACUUUAAAUGUGGUAUGCUCAAAAUGAUCCAUUGCUAUAAUUGUCUAGCUUUGUGUAGUGUGAGAUGCAAUGUUUUAUUCAAUUACUUAAUAGGAUAGUUUUAUGUAUGCAGAUAAUUUUUAUAUGCCUGUUAUUUAAUUUAUGGAUAGUUUGAAAGGAAAAGCACCAAGGAGGUGGAAGGUGUAACCACGGCAUAUCUGCAGCUCCGAAUGUCUGAGGUACCAGUUGAGAUGUGGGAACAUCAGACCAGAGGUAUGACAGUGAGUGGAUGCGACUCAUAUGGCAGGACCAAGAUCUGUGAGUUUUAGUCCUUGGAAAUAGAUAGACCAUGGAGUUCCUUCUAGGGUGCAGAAGGGAACAUGGUUGUUGAGUCAGAAGACAUCAUGACUAAGCAUUUUGACAGUAGUGAUUCAGUUGUAGGGCAUGAUGCGAUGUCUGAGUCAUUUUUUUUUCCUGCAAACAGUCUGAUUUUUUGGAAGAGCAUACUUUUUAAUAGAAUGGAAAUGUAAUGUGAAGAUAACUUUAUUUACUCUGUUGUGGAACAGUUUUCUUGGCAGUGGGGAAACAUGAUGCGAACAACUAUUUACUUCCUUGUAAUAGUGAAAGUAAUCCCUGAUGUCUGAGACGGACAUGUUUCUCUAAUGGCAGGACUGAAGAGUCACUCAACUGCGUAGCUAAGGCUUUCUUGCUUUCAAGAUGUAGUACUAAUCCUGUUCUUUGGUGACAUAAUUUGAAACCAAAAUUGUUGUAUUAGUCUAGCUGUAGAUGAGAACCUGAACUCUAAAAUAGGAUUUAGGCAGUGCUUAGACACUUCAUUUCAAAAUUAUUAUACAGUAAACUUCUGCUCAGAAGUCAUUUAAUACUGCAGGUGCCCUGAUUUACCAGGCACAUCCUGUUUGACCUGAAGGUUCCUACAGUAAAUUGAGUUCUCCAUCACAUCCCAGAGUCGCCUUAGUUUGAGCAACUUUGCCUCUCUUCCACUCAGCCUUGCUGAGACUGAAAACCUGUUCUGUUCCACCAGUGUAUUCAAUCAGGUGGGACUGCUCAGGGCAUAUAUAACACUUCUGAGAUUGGGCAUCUCUCAGGCAGAAUGAAGCCACUUUUUAUGUGAAAUUCAGCAUUAAAGAUGGUCAUGGUGGUGUUGUGCUCACCUCUUUAAUGUAGUAGUCUGAUGACUAGAGCUCUUGCACUACCUUACACAGUGUGAGGAGAUUCAAACUCCUGCAUUUUCAGGUAAGUUUCUUUCAGCUGACCAAAUUGCAGUCAUGGUUUGGUGGAGUCCGUCUGCUGCAGGUGCUGGAGCUGUAGAAAGAAAACAUUCAUAGUAAAAGAAUGGAAGAACAGUUCUGAUUCUGUAGUCUGGUGGACAAGGCACCCAGCUAAGACAAAGAAACUCCCUGUAACCAGAUCUACUUUCUGCUGCUUCUGCUUUACAUUUCAUUAAAAAGCAGAGUCCAUUCUAAAUUAGAAGUCUUUCUAAUUUAUGGCUGCUAGUGGCCAGCUGUUGGACAUAGUCGUGCUGGUGUAAGCCCUACGAGUCAUAGAUGAAGUGUCUCUGCACCAGCAGAGCUUAGCCCAGUUCCAAGCUGAGAAAACACUGAUAUAAUAUAUCAAUGUACCUGUCUAUGUGUGGUAUUUUGUUAAUGCUGCUGUGCUAAUGAUAAUGUGCCAAUGGCUGUAAUAGGACCAAGUGCUGUGUACUGUGGAAGAAAAGGCUUAUACAAUCGCAAAUGUAGCUAUAUUCCUGCUGCUCGUAUGGGAGUAUUUCACUGGUCAGUCCCCUUCAGGAUCUUCUGAUGGUGGUUGCAAAGAAAUAUUCAAUAGCUGAAUAACUAAGGGCCUUUCAGAAGGUCACAUCAAAGCCCCUGUUUUUAUUGGCCCUACUGAUGGACUUUCCUGCAAUAAGCAUUCAGUUAGCAGCACCGUUUCCAGUGUGAUGCGCUGGUGUGAGGGUUUUCAUUGUGUUUACAGGAAUGUAAUAACUACAUCCUAGAAAUAUCAGUUUAGCUUCUAGUAAGGUCUUGAGUUGGUAACUCUUUGUAAAUGCUCCUUUAGCAGUUCACUACUGCUGAAAUCUUAACUGCCGAAUGGAAUUAACAGUUCAAAGGUUUUGUACAAGCACUUCUCUCUGUUAAGCUACAUAUAGGGUUUCACGGAAGUCUUGCUAUGCAAGACAAAUAUUAGGACAACAGAAAAGACUGUUGACAGACUUGGUGUACAGUUGAAAGUUUAGUAGAUUGGGAUCAUGCUUUUAAUUCUUAAAGUAUGGAGAAACUGAUUAUGUAGAUCGCAUUUCAGCUAUGGAAAAUGAGAAAUUUAGGCAUUAGCUUAAGUUUACAGACUUGUCAAGGUUAAGUCUAAGGAUAGAACUCAAGAUUUGCUAGUAUCUAGUAGCCGUAUUUGGUGCUGUGAUUUCUUUUUUAUAUAUAUAACACUGUGAGCCUAAAGCUGAAACUGUAGGGAAAUCAUCAGUACAUUACAAAUGUGGCAGUGUCAUAUCUGGAAAGACUGGAACAAUGACAGUUUAUUGGUGAGUUAGUUGAUGUGUUAUGAUUAGCGAGGUGUAUUAUGGGUUCCUAAGCCCACAGACAAAUGUUAAAAGGUCUGCUCUUGUUACCAACCUUGGAGCCUCAUAUGGAAGCUUUCUGUGUAGUGAAAGUCUUUCCUUUUUUUAAUUUGUUAAUAUCAGGUUUGCGUAUGGGAAAAGGUUGGAAAUUUGUGGUUAAUCUAACCUACAGGAAGGUAUUCUGCUCUUCCUGUGGUUAAAGAUAUGUAUAUAUUUCUUGUCUCACUCUUAUGCCAGAGAUGCUACUGAUUUCAGUUCACUCUUGCCUCUGAAAGUUACUUGAGACCUACGGGUACUGAACAGAAUACUUCCAGCCCAAGCCAGGUUUUGCUUAGCACUAUUUGUCCAUAGCUGAAUAUUCCUUAAAUCAUUGUUCAGCUUCAGCAUUUUGUAAACUCUUUCACUUGGUUCAUUAUGUCACAGACAUUGUUUUCCACACAUGAGCUGAAGAAUUUGAUGCUUGAGGAAACAUUUAUGGUGUCUGGCUCAUUUUCAAAUACCACAAGGAAGUGAUCUUUACUGUGGUACUACCGGGAACAAGCACACAGGUACACAUUAUUUUUGAAAGGAACAAAUAAUAUUCAAUAUAAUCUUUAUGAAGGGAAAAAAUUCUAUGUUUGUGAGUAGCUUUUAACUUGGCAUUGCAAAGGAUGCCUUCCUAUAAAGCUCUGAUAAGAUGCAAACUGAACAAACAGUGCAGGGGUUGUGAGUCUCAGAUGCUCGGUAUCAUAAUAUUCAAUAUCAGAGUCCUUGACCUUGAAAUGUAAGAAAGAGUCUUUAGAGCUUUAUCCUGCACAAUGCAAUGUCCUUUGGCAUCAUCCAAAAUAGCAUGUGUUUAUUUAAAAUGUGUGAGCAGCCUCUUUGAUGUUGAGAACUGUGCUCUAAAGUGAGCCAGUAACACAUGAAAAUGGCUUUACGCUGAUGCCCUGCCCACUUGGUCAGUUACUUUAGUGUAGUUUUUCCUGCUGUUCAGAGGCAGGGUAUUUAUUCUUGAGCAUGAGCCAGCUGGUGCAUCUUUCAACUUUUGUAUUAUUUGGUUUAAUUUAUCUUUAUACUUCUGUCAAGCCAGGUUUUAUGAAAUAGUGUUAACUGAAAUACACAGUAGUCAUCAAGUACUCCUUUCAGCUUGCGAUUGAUCUGGGCAGACACAUCAACUUUAAAAAAAAAAAAACCUGUUCUUUGAAGCAUAUUUUCUGUUUUUUUCAUAGCUGUGUUUGCUGAUACUUUAAAUAGUUUUUAAAAGUUCAUAAGCUGAAUGACACAUUUGUCAUUUGCAGUUAAGAGCUUAACAACAUAUGCAUGUGUCAUUGGUCUGAGAGGUCCCUGAUGCUGCACACUUGAAAAGGUGGGUAAUCUUGCACACUUAAGGGAGUAGAGUACAAAGAGGAGAAUUCUGUACCUGCUGUUUACUGUUCUGACCUAGGAAUUUGGUGUCCUAAGUUAAGUUCCCAUUUAGUCCCCAUCAACCUGGGUGCCUUUUGAGCAGAUCAGUUCCGCCAAGAUCCUUAGUUAUGUGCACACCAAAAUGUCAUUGAACUCAAUGGCAAUAAUGUCUCAAGAUUCCUUUGAGAAUUUGGACUUUUUUGGCAUGCCUGUACAUGAAAAGUUAGGAAUAACUUGAGUUUUAGAGGAGAUAGUACUUUGCAACAACACUGAAUACAUUUUUGUUUGCUUUUUGGUUACUUUUUCUCCAAAAUUACCUGCCUUUUUAUUCUGCAUUAAUCCAUUUUGAAAAGGAUUAGCCUGAUUUAUUUGAGUCAAUGACAUCUGAGCAAGCUUUAUUUCGAUGCUUCACUAUCUCAUGUAAAAUAAUCUUUUCCAGCUGCCACCCCACACCAUCAGGUUGAACUGCCUCAUUACCUGUGUGCUUCUUUCUGCUAUGGUUCAACUUAAUCUGUUUAAAAGCUAGUGCAUAUUAUGUCCUUUUACAGCUUCAUCUUUGCAUAGUCAUUGGUAUCCUUCCAUGCUCUUGAAAGAAGUUUAAAAAUGAUGGUAUUUUGAUUAAUAUUUUUUGCUGUUGUAUAGAAUGGAUUUUAAAAGUGGAUUUUAAAAGAUAAAAUUGGUAAUAAACUCUGCAACUGAUUAGGUUGACUUAUGUUCUGUAUUUGGUAACAUCACACAGGAUCCAAGGACUUUGAGUUUUACUUUCAUUUUCUUAAUGGUCAUUUCAUCCAAAGAAAGUCAAUUGUAUCUCAGAUGAUAUGAAACAAGGAACAAGGAAAACACUGUGUUUCAAAACAAACAUCAAAGAGAAGUUAGUAGUCUGGAAAAUAUUAUAUCAUGAUGGCAGGCACAGCAAUGACUGUGUUUGCUGGAGACACCUCCCUGCUAUGCAGUGAUGUGAGGGUUGAUUUUCACGCCUAAAAAUAGACUAUUUGGUUUUCCACAGUUGUGCAACGGCAAAGGCUGCUCUCUUUUAUUUUCUGUGUUUUCUCCUCUUUUUAUUCAUUGCCAAAGGUGUCUUUAAUUGCCAUUUGCAGUAUAGAACGUAGAAACACCUACUGAGUCUUGGAGGCUUCUAUCUCUGAAGAAUUCUGCAGAAUUUAUUCUGUAUAAGCUGAAGUAUCUCAGAGUAGGUUGUGGUUUUAUGGCGAGAUUUUCAAAAGUAAUUCUCAAGUUGUUUUUAGGUACUUGACUUGAGAGACCUUAAAAAUUACGCUUGGUGUUAAGUCUUACAUAUUUCACUGUGCUGCCAUAUAAAGUGCCACAAAUAGGAUCACUUCUCUGGACUUCUGCUUCGUGUUCUGUCUUGUCCCCUUGGAUUACAUGGAAGGGUUCAUAAUUCACUAUCUGCACAGUAACAUUUUCUAAUGUGUAAUUUACAUUUUUAGUGAUAUAUCGUAUUCCGGGAUGGUGUUACUUUUUUUGUCAUUUACCUGAGUAAUGCACAUAAUCAACUAUAAACACCAAGAUAUGUUGAUGCCCAGAUGCACAACCACAAAGAUGAACAACAUGUUUUGGAAAAUUCUCAGAUGGUGAUUAAGUCUUAAGAACUACCUGUUCAUACUGGAGCUGGCCAAGAUGGUGCAUGAGAAGAGAAGAGGAAAUAACUUACUGGUUUUCAGCUUGGGUUGGCCAUGCAGCUCUCUUGAGCUGCUAUAACUGUAUGGACAGUGCUUGAAAAUCACAGAAAAUUCCCCGUUACAUUCCCUUCUACUGUGUCUCUGAGGACUAAACCAAAAUUGAUCAUCAUGAAAACACAAGAUGAGGCAAGAACAGCUGGUUGUCAUGCUCCCAACCGAAAGUCUUGUUGUUCUUUGUUGCUCAGGAAGCUGUAAGCUUUGUAAACAGUGAAGUACACAGUCUACAUCAGCUCCUUCUGCUUUGGGUGGCACUGCUGCAAUACCCACCUACUGCAAUAGUUAGAUGAAGCAUUUAGACUGCAUUAAGUCAUUAUUUUAUCCUAUCCUUUUGGGAAUAGAGAUGAAAAUUGUUAUGGAUAAUAAUAGUACCUGCUAAUUAAUCUGUAACAAUCCUUUGAUGUUAUUGCUAGGACUACUUAUUAUAGACAAAACCCUAUGACUUAGCCCACUUCAUUAUUUGGUCCAUAACUUUCUCGAAUCUGACCUUACUUUAUAUCAACACAGGUUCUUUCACAUCUGUUAUUUUUCUGUUUUUCAAUAGUGACAUUUCUAAUUCCCAGGUGGUGUUCCCCCUUACAAAUGCAGCUUCAAAGACCAUCCUCCCUGCCAAUGUACUCCAGAGUUGUGUGAAUAAUCAGUAUUUUUAUUUGCUGGCCAAAGCAAAAACAAAGCUAAAAAUGUUCCCAGCCUGGAGAUCUUAAAGUAGAUUGGGCAAAGCAGCACAAUAUGGAUAUCCACAUCUUUUACUACACUGCAGUGGGGAGGGGGGAAGUCUAGUAUCAUGAUGACUAUUAGGCACUCAACUACUGCAGCAUGGGUAAUUUCAGCACAGAUUUUUUAAUUGUGCCUGCCUUGUGUUUGACAUUUAAUGCUCUUGAGCUAUCUAAACCUUGGUACUUAAUUCCCAUUUUUCCCCCCAUAUGUACUUUUAUAAAAAGUGGAGGAAGGCUUAACUGUAUAACUUCUUCCACCUGCUUGUCAUAUAAUGUAAGAUCUCUGAGGCAAAGAUUAUGUUUGUCUUGCAUGUUUGGGUACUGGUGUGUAUUUUACAGAAACUACAGUAGUCAGUUUUAUUAGCACAGCUGAGUAAAGGCUUUCAAAGUUUAGUAUCACAGUUUAUAGGUACUUCAUGCUGGGAUCUCAAAGUGCCAAACAACUACUAACAUAUCUACAUAACUCUCUAAUCAAGUAGAUAGACGUUAUACCACUUUUAGCUGACUAAUGCUGACUUGUUUUGUGAUAAAAUUGGAUGAUACUAAUAUUAGGUUAGCAUGUUAUGUUUGAGGUCUACAAUGCUAAUAUGACUUACCAAGUCUCUUGUUCAACUGUGAAAGAAGAUGCAGAACUCACAAAGUUCUUCGUUGCCUAGGCAGUCGUCUUCCUUGGAGAUUUUCAAGACCACACUGGAUCAGCCCUGAACAACCUCGUCUGACCUCACAGCUGACCCUGUUUAGAGCAGGAGGCUGGUCUAGAUGAACCUAAAUUUCUUUCCAGCCUAAAUUUUCCUAUAGUCCAAUAUAUCAUUGUGGAAAUACACAACUGAAUGAUGCUCCAUCCUUCUCUGGUUAGGGCAACUGAUCCAUGUUCUUCAGAGCUAGAAUUUUCAGAUGCAGCAGUACCGUGGAUGGAAACACUUGCUUUGGGGUGGAAUUCAACCAAUAUCUGAACUUAGGCCUAAGGCCAAUUUUAGUUGACCCAAGUCAAAUAAACAGGGGUGGGCACCUCUUAAAAAUGUGCACAGUAGCGCACAGUAUUAACUUAACAGUUAGGAAAGCACUUGGAUAGGGAGAUAAGUAGGUUGAGAGAAACUGAGAAGAGUGGAAUACACAGUCUGGAGCCAGUACAGGAGAAGGACGAGGAAAAUUUUGAAUCAAAGGCUGGCAGGAAGAGGAGUGAUGCUUUAACAGAGGAAGCAUGCUCACCAGUUGAUCUGAGCUCCAGAGGGAAUCUAAAGACCUCAGCACAACCCCCAAAGGAGAGGGAGAAAGAGAUCGCCAUGAAUGUCAUUGCCUGCACUCACAGUGAGUCUGCAGUCGCCAAAGGGAAUGAAAAUGAAAGCGUUCUAUCAGGAGAAAAAACAGACUUUAAAACAUCUUUUCUGAUUGUUUCCUGAUGCAGUAAUACAGGGCAUUUCCACUGUACUCCACCCAGAAGAGCAUUAAGGACUAUGACUCUAAAACAUACACAGAUCUUUGGAUUUGACUGUGGAGAUACACAGAGUUGUAUUCAAACUUGGGCAAUUUUAUCUGUGGAUUUGGGGAGAGCUAUCAUUGUUCAGAAGCAAAGUAGACAUCCAAGGCAUGGCAUUGGAUCACCCCGCUCAUGUGUCAUUUCUACCUUCUGAUUAGAUGUCUGGAAUAUUUAAAGCACAGGGAUGUCAAGGGUUAAUUCCAGUGGGAGGAAGGGCAUCAUGUAAAAAAUUCUGACCGCGAAUAUUCAUGAACAGUGAAUGCAAAGAAGCAUGGACAUGAUACAGUCAAACAGAGGAGGAAUACAGAGCAGGAGAGAUUAAAGGAACAGAACUUUGACAGAAGAGACCAUCUCCUAGCAGCUUUAGAAAAAAUUUUCACAAAAGCACGGAGCAAAGUUUUGGAAUCAAUCCCCUGCUUUACUUCCAAACUGUCCUGCUACCUGGAAAAUUUUAUCCUCCUUGCUGUUGUCUUUAAAGGAGUGUUCUCACAUCACACAAAACAAGAUUUCAGCACUGUGAAGUAAAAUCAUAAAUAAAGUACACAAAAUGUUGUGCCCGUGGCAGUUUGUAUUCAAACCUCAUGCUGCCAAGAGCCAGUCCUCUGAAGAGAAGGAUAUCAAUAAUAAUGUGGAGAAAAAUAUGAAGGUCCAUGGCUUAGCAAAAGAUGAUGCCAAAUUCUAUGAUCUGCGCAAGAAGAAGAUAGAGAUGCCGCCUAUCAUAACUUCAGCAGAGAACCCCCCCCAAAAUGGUAUCAAAGCUUCAAACCAAGUAUCAAGAUGUCCAAGACAUGUAAAAAUAAGAAACUUGGAAAAUGGAACCAGCUUUCUUGACACUUUACACCUGACAGCAAAGGAAGUUAUCAAUUGCCGGACCAAAGCUUGCCAAGGGGCACUCAUGACUCCCAAAGGCCUGGUGAGAGGCACUAGAGAUGGGCCAGUUCCGCCAGCAGAGCUUUUACCUCAGGCAAUAGACUUUGUCAAGCAGUACUACAGUUCAUUUAAAGAUUUAAAAAUAGAAGAACACCUGGCCCGACUGGAAACAGUGACCAAAGAGAUAGAAACAACAGGAACCUAUCAUCUGACAAAGGAUGAACUGAUCUUUGCUACCAAACAGGCCUGGAGGAAUGCUCCAAGAUGCAUUGGGAGAAUCCAGUGGUCCAAUCUACAGGUAUUCGAUGCACGUGAUUGUAAAACAGCCAGGGAAAUGUUUGAGCAUAUCUGUCGUCAUAUUCAGUAUGCCACAAACAAUGGAAAUAUCAGAUCAGCCAUCACUGUCUUCCCCCAGAGGACUGAUGGGAAACAUGAUUUCCGUGUUUGGAACAGCCAGCUCAUUCGAUAUGCUGGGUAUCAAAUGCCAGAUGGGUCUAUCAUGGGAGACCCUGCCAGUGUGGAGCUCACACAGUUGUGCAUUGAGCUUGGGUGGAAGCCGAAAUAUGGCCGCUUUGAUGUAGUUCCACUCAUUCUCCAAGCAAACGGCCAAGACCCAGAAAUAUUUGAGUACCCGCCAGAAAUUAUCCUUGAAGUGCCAAUGGAGCAUCCAAAGUAUGAAUGGUUUAAGGAGUUGGAUCUGAAGUGGUAUGCACUGCCUGCUGUUGCCAACAUGCUUCUUGAGGUGGGAGGCCUGGAAUUUACAGCAUGUCCUUUCAAUGGCUGGUACAUGGGGACGGAGAUAGGAGUGCGAGACUUCUGUGAUGUACAGCGGUACAAUAUCCUGAAGGAGGUAGGAAGAAGAAUGGGACUGGAAACAAACAAACUUUCAUCAUUAUGGAAAGACCGAGCUGUUGUAGAGAUUAAUGUGGCUGUGCUUCAUAGCUUCCAAAAACAAAACGUUACUAUCAUGGAUCACCACUCUGCUGCCGAGUCCUUCAUGAAAUACAUGCAGAAUGAGUACCGCGUGCGAGGAGGCUGCCCAGCUGAUUGGGUGUGGCUUGUGCCUCCUAUGUCAGGGAGCAUCACUCCAGUGUUCCACCAGGAGAUGCUGAACUAUGUCCUCACUCCCUUCUUUUAUUACCAGGUGGAUGCUUGGAAAACACAUCUCUGGCAUGAUGAGACCCGGAGGCCAAAGAAAAAAGAAAUAAAGCUUAGCAUCUUGGCAAAGGCUGUACUCUUUGCAUCUUCACUCAUGCGAAAAACAAUGGCAGUCAGAUCCAAGGUCACUGUGAUCUAUGCGACAGAGACUGGGAAAUCUGAAACACUAGCCAGAAGUCUGUGCAGCUUGUUCAACUGUGCCUUCGACACUAAGAUUAUGUGCAUGGAUGAGUACAAAAUCUGUGACCUGGAAAAAGAAACACUCCUUUUAGUGGUUACCAGCACUUUUGGAAAUGGAGAUUCUCCAAAUAAUGGAAAGGCAUUGAAGAACUCCUUGUUGACCCUGAAAUUGCUGAGAAAAAAAAUUAGAUAUGCCGUGUUUGGUUUGGGGUCCACCAUGUAUCCAGAGUUCUGUGCCUUUGCUCAUACCAUUGACCAAAAACUGGCCCAGCUAGGGGCUUCUCAGCUCACUCCAGUGGGUGAAGGAGAUGAACUCAAUGGGCAGGAAGAAGCUUUUCGCAGCUGGGCAGUCAAUGCAUUCAAGACUGCCUGUGACAUUUUCAACAUCCGUGGGAAAAACAAUAUUCAAUUGCCUGGGAUAUAUACUUCAGACGAAAGCUGGGAUCCUAAGAAUUACAGGAUAGUACAUGACUCUCAAACCAUGGACUUGACUAAAGCACUUGCAGACAUUCAUGCAAAGGAUGUAAUUCCCAUGAAGCUGAAAUUCCGGCAGAAUCUGCAAAGUUUAAAAUCCAGUCGUGUUACCAUCCUGGUUAAGCUUUCCUGUGAGACUAGUCAGGAAGUGCACUAUCUGCCUGGAGAACAUAUUGGGAUUUUCCCAGGCAAUCAGCCUGAAUUAGUCCGUGGCCUCAUUGCGCGUGUCAAGGAUGCCCCACCAGCUGAUCAGAGUAUCAGACUUGAAACGUGCACUAAUGGUGGCUACUGGACAAGUGACAAAAAAAUUCCAGCCUGUACACUCGCUCAAGCUUUGACAUACUUGCUUGAUAUCACUACUCCACCCUCUCAACAACUGCUAAAAAAACUCUCCCAGCUGGUAACAGAGGAAGGAGACAAAGAAAGACUGGAAGUCUUAUGUCAUAACACAGAAGAAUACAGUAAAUGGAAGUUUUACAACAGCCCUAACAUCCUGGAGGUCCUGGAGGAGUUUCGUUCUGCAGAGAUCUCAACGUCUUUCUUACUGACUCAGCUGCCACUUCUGAAACCCAGGUACUACUCUGUCAGUUCCUCCUGUGACAUGACACCCAGAGAGAUUCAUCUGACAGUUGCAGUGGUCAACUACAAGACAAGAGGUGGGCAAGGGCCUUUGCACCAUGGAGUUUGCAGUACAUGGCUGAAUACAAUAGCUGUCAAUGAAGUAGUCCCAUGCUUUGUACGCAGUGCUAAUGGAUUCCAGCUCCCAAGGGAGCCAACCAAGCCAUGCAUUCUGGUUGGUCCAGGAACAGGAAUUGCUCCAUUCAGAAGUUUCUGGCAGCAGCGUCUCUAUGACUUGGAAAAGAAAGGAAUCAAAGGUGGUGACAUGACAUUAUUGUUUGGCUGCCGGCAGCCAGACAUGGAUCACAUCUACAAAGAAGAAGUGCAGGAAAUGAAGAGGAAAGGAGUCCUAAAAGAAGUCUAUACGGCUUACUCCAGGCAACCUGGCCAAGCUAAAGUCUAUGUUCAAGACAUUCUUCAAAACAAGUUGGAAGCCAAAGUGUGCAGCCUCUUGCAUAAGGAAGAAGGGCAUCUGUAUGUCUGUGGAGAUGUACGCAUGGCCAGGGAUGUUGCUCAGGCUUUGAAGGGGAUGCUUGCAAGUAAACUGAACCUUACUGAGCAGCAGGCAGAGGAGUAUAUUUUCCAGCUAAAGAGCCAAAAGCGAUACCAUGAAGAUAUAUUUGGGGCUGUGUUUCCGCAUGAAGUCAAAAGAGAUGUAAGAGCCUUGCAAUCCACCAGUCCUUGAGCAUAUCAACAAACAAUGUUUUAGACAGUUCUUGCACAUUUGUUGUUAUUUUCAGAAAGGAAGGGGCCAAAUCCUCCUCCUGAUUCAUGGCAAGUCAUACACAUGUAUCUGAUAGUAGGAUUUGGCCUUUAAACUUUAGCCUUAAUUAAGAAAAAUAAUAAAUUUAACUUUUGCUGCUAUUUAUUUUCAGACUUCUUUUAAUGGAUUUUUACUAUUACCUUUAUAGUGCAGAUGCAAAUUAUUUUUUUAAUUCCAUCUAGACUAGUAUAAAUUUUCCAUUUUUGUAAAUACAAAAUAAAAUCUGCUCAUAAGGAAAAUUUAGAGUUUUUUACUAUAUUAUAGAAUGCAUAUAUUUUUGUGAAAUGGACUGUUUAUGUGGAUUUAUUUAUAUCAGAUUGUUUUAGUGUGCAUAUUAUCUUCACUUUAAAGCAAGUGGUUGUGUUUCUUGGAAACGUGUGGUCACACCAGUUGUUGACUUUGAAGUAAUGUUUGUAAAUGAGAUUAUAAUAUAAUGGUUUGAAAGCAGAAAUACCUGCUGCAUACACUUCAAACGCAUACAUAUGAGGAGGUAGCAGUUAUGAGUUCUGCUUUAUGUGAUUCAACACUUGCACCUGAAUUGUUGCUGUUACAGAGCCCAUGGCAGUGAGGUUCAGAAAAAUCAUAAGCACUUUGUAUGUUUGUAUUCUGUGCUCUGACUUACUUGAUUUGUUUGUAAUAAAUGAUGCCUUUAUAUUGAGACAAACAA